ACAGAGACACCUCUCUGUUGUUUGCCCAUAUGUUAGGAGCAAAAGGGAAAAGGAGAGAGUAGACAUACUCAGCUAUGAAGCAGCAGACUUUGCAAUUCUGUGGCUGGGAGGUGUCCCCUCUUUUGAUCUCUGUCUGGUUGGUGAUUUAUGCUGGUGCUGGAAAUGCAACACAGAAGAACACAGCUGUUUCAAGUAUUCCAUCUGUCACUACCCACACUGUAGUGCUUCGUAUAAAGAGAAUGACUCCAGAGCCAUGGUAUACUUUUGUAUCUCAGAGCCCAGGCAAAGAAAAAGCUAAAGAGGGUGAAACAGUGGUCCUUGGAUGCCACUUCCACAGUUCCCAUAGCCCAUCUUUGAAAAAUGUAACGGUGAAGUGGUACAAGGAGGAUGAAAAGGGGCAGUGGGACAUCAUGGAGAAUAAUGUCACUGUCAUGGCAAAUAACACACGAGUCUUCAUGACAGGGAAUUUAUCUAAAGGUGAUGCAACUUUGACUAUAAUAAAUGUCACCACCAGUGAUCAUGGCACUUAUUUCUGCCAGGUGAUUCUUUCUACUGGGAAAGAAGUGACCGGUGAUGGCACAAAGCUCAGGAUCCAGAGAGCAAUGGGACUGUUUGGAAUAGAAGACUCCAUUGGAACAAUCAUUGGAGUGCUGGCAGCUAGUAUUGGAGGCUUGAUUGUUCUGGUCAUAGUUUUAACUCCUCAUUUAAGGAAGUGUGUUCCAUGUGCUAAAGCAACCCACCAAGCAUAAUUUGGGAACAUGAUUGAAGAAAACACCACGUGUGCCAUGAACUGUACAGUUGUCUGAAUGUAACCCAAAGUAUCCAUUGUUCAAGCAUUUUCUAUGUUUUAUUUCUAAAGGUGUAAUAAAAAUGUUUGUUUA